AUGGCCGCCGUAGUCGCCGCGCCCGCGUGCGAGAACGACAUGAACGCCACGAACGUCGGCCCCAGCAACCCUCUGCUGGACGGUGCUUGCGACGACGAUGACAACGAGCUAACCGCCGAGCAGAAGAAGAUCAUCGAGGAGAGGCUCAAGGCGCUCCAGGCUCGCUUCAAGGCUUUCGAGGAGAAGACCACGCAGCAGAAGAUCGACGAGCUCAUCAUGGCCAACGAGGCCUACGGCCUGACCCAGGAGGACGCCGAGAUGGUCCUCCGCGUCUGCAAUAACAACGAGUUCGAGGCCUCCGACAGACUCACCGAAGAGGAGGACGGCUUCACCUUCCUGAACGCCAUCCGCUCCAUGGUUGCGCAGGAGAAGCGCGCCAAGAAGCUCACCGGACGGAAGCGCCAGGCCGAGGAAGAGCAGCUCGCGAGGCGCACCAGGAUCCUCCGCCGCCGCCGCAACGCCCAGGUCGAUGUUGACCCGGACGCGUCCGACUACGAGGAGGAGGAGGACUGGGACGAGGACGACCCGAGCCUCUGGGAGGAUUACGCCGACGAACCCGUGCAGGAGAUGAGCCACGGCGUUCACUUCGUCCGCCACGUCAAGACCCACAAGCCCCAGGGCGGACGCCUGAGGCUCGACGACGCCAUCGCGGCGAUGCAAAAGAGGGAGCAGAUGCUCAAGGAGAAGAAGGAAAAGGAGGCUGCGGAGGGCAAGUCCGAGUCCGAGCCCUCCCCGGACAAGGCUGACAAGUCCGAGUCUGAGCCCUCCCCGGACAAGCCCGCCGAGAAGCCCGCCGACGAAGAGGACAAGCCCGUGACCGAAGGCGCCGAUGCUGCCCCCGAGGAUGAUAAGGAGGAGAAUGAGGAGGUGGAGCUCGACCCCCUGGACGAACUCAUCAAGGGCUGGUCCGAGGCGCGUAUCAAGGCUUGGAACAACAGGGAAAAGAAUGAGAACCAGUACUACUACCGCUUCAACGCGCCAGGCGAGAGGCAGGGCGAGGGCAAGUGGUCCGAUGACGAGCACGCGCUGUUCAUGUCCACGCUGGAGAAGGUGAAGGCUGGCGAGCUCAAGGAUUCCAGCGGCAACGUAGUCCCCAUGUACCAGUGGGGCUCCUUCUCCAAGGAUAUCCCCGGCCGUGUCGGCUAUCAGUGCUCCAACUACUACCGCUCGCUCAUCACGCAAAACAAGCUCGAGGACGAGAACUACCAGCUGGACGACCAGGGUAAGCUCCGAUUCAACUUCAAGAACAAGGGCUUUACACGCGACGAGGAAGGUCGCAUGAAGAAGGCGCCCGCGGUUCCCAAGGCUCCCAGGGUUCCCAAGCCUCCCAAGGACAACAGCGCGGCUCUGCAGAGGAAGAGGGAGGCUGAGGCGAAGAAGAAGGCUAAGGCCAAGGCCAAGGCGGAGAAGGAAGCCGAGCGGAAAGCGGCGAAGGAGGACAAAGACUUCAAGUGCAGCACCAAGUUCGACACCGUCCGACGCAGCUGCCGCAGCAGCGGCACCAAGAAGUACUCUGACGGCGACGGGUCGGAGGAUGAGGAGGACCUGGGCCCUGUGCUCCCGGGCUUCAUCGAUCCCCUCACCAAGAUGGCGAUCGAGGAGCCCGCCAUCUCCCCCUACGGUCACGUGUGCGGCUACGAGAUUUGGUGCAAGAUCCUCCGCCAGGAGGGAACCAAGGACACCUGCCCAUUCACCAGGCAGCCCCUCAAGCGCCGCCAGCUCGUCAUCCUGACCCACGACAACAUCGCCGAGUACCGCGAGAAGAUGGUCGAGACGCAGAACAACUAA